CAUUUUUGCCCUCUUUGGCGCCCUAAUCACGAACAUGGAGUGGAGAGAUUUUGGUUGCUGAAGGAGAUUGCAGAGUUCAAACCAACGUCACUACCGUCGCUGCAAAAUCCCAUUCCCAAUUCCUAGACCCUUUUUCUGUUCAUCGCCAUUUCGAUUCAUCAAUAAGUCUUCAAACAGCUGUUCUCUCCCAUUUUUCUUCCGAAGCCUAAAUGAGUAGAUCCAUCGGAAGAAAGGUUCCAGGACUCUCAUUUCUACCCAAUGCGACUAAACUAAGCUUUGUGCCGUUUUCUUCUUCUUCUUCUUCUUCUUCUUCCGGUGGCCAUGGUCGUGGCCGGGGUCGAGGUGGUUCUCCCUCCCAUGGUGGAGGUGGACCCUUUGAUUUCACUUCUCGAGUCCCGGGUCAAGAAGAUUCAAAUGCGUCCAAGCAAGAAUCCGUGGAUUCUCCUGGUACUUCUGGGUUAGGACAUGGGCGUGGCAAGCCCGGUCCUUCCUCCCCAAUUCUUCCAUCUUUCUCUUCCUUUACGCCCUCCGUUAAGUCCUCGUCUGCUGGUCGGGGUAGAGUCGCUGGUUCGCCACCGAUUCGAUCUACUCCCGAGUCAGGCUCAUCGAAGCAAUCUGAUUUGGAGCCGAAGAAACCUGUGUUUUUCUCGAAGGAUAAUGCGGCGAACUCGGCUGCAAGUACUCGACUUGGCGCGUUGGACAGGGGUGUGGGGGAGAGAAACUUCCGAGGCAGAGGAGGGUUUAGAGGGAGAGGUAGGGGACCGUUCAGAACUGGGGAGAGAGGAGAGAGAGGAAGAGCUCAAGAUAUGGAGGAUGGAUAUGCAGCAGGGCUUUAUUUAGGUGACAAUGCAGAUGGUGAGAAGCUAGCAAAGAGGAUUGGAACAGAAAAUAUGAACCAACUGGUUGAAGGGUUUGAAGAGAUGAGUGGUAGAACGCUGCCUUCGCCACUGGAAGAAGAGUAUUUAGAUGGGAUGCAUACUAAUUAUAUGAUAGAGUGUGAGCCAGAGUACUUGAUGGGGGACUUUGAAAGUAACCCGGAUAUUGAUGAGAAGCCACCUAUUCCUCUUCGGGAUGUACUCGAGAUGACGAAACCUUUCUUAAUGGCGUAUGAAAACAUUCAAAGCCACGAAGAGUGGGAGGAAAUCGUAGAAGAAAUCAUGCAGCAGAGAGUUCCAUUGCUAAAGGAGAUAGUAGACUAUUACAGUGGACCGGAUAGAGUAACUGCAAAGCAACAGCAAGAGGAACUAGAAAGAGUUGCAAAAACACUUCCACAAAGUGCGCCUAAUUCCAUAAAGCAGUUUACCAAUCGUGCAGUUCUUUCUCUGCAGAGCAACCCAGGAUGGGGAUUUGACAGGAAAUGCCAGUUCAUGGACAAGCUUGUGAGGGAGUUCUCCCAGCAAUACAAGUAGGUUACUGAAGUUCCAUCUUAUUGACCAUUAAGCGUUAUAAACUACACUCAACCAAAAUGAAGCUACACCUUUUUCUUUUUAGUUUUGGUUUCUAAUUUUAGCUCAUGAGAUAUUAGAAGUUCUACACUUUUCUUUCUGGUGUGUCAGAAGGAUGGUUUUCUUUUUGUAGUCUAAUGUUGCUGCAAGUUGUAUUACUGAAUUGUUGAAAUAUUGCUUCAUAUUUUGGGGAGCAAUAAUGGCAGUGUCUUAUCAACAUGCUGCACUGAGAAAUUUUCCCUUUUAUGUUUAUACAAUCCCAUCUCUUUGCUAUU